UCUCAUCAUGAGAUUGGACAAUAAAGUAGUGACAUUCAAAUUUUUGAAGAUCCCAGCGAUAAAUUAAAACCCAUUAUUCUUCAGGGAUAAAAAGUAAAAACCACCACCACCAACUUGGGUUGGGUCAAAUUUGAAACUCACCCCUUUCAUUUCAGGGCUUGGCACAUCAAUUUAACAUAUCCGGCCCAAUUAAAAACCCUAGUUUUUGCAUAUGACGAGUCGAGUGGGUUGGUAGCGAGAAAAACCAUUUUAAGUAAUGCGGCCAACAGGCAACAGCCGGUAAUCGGCGCGUGAAGUUACCGGGAAAGGCCGUAACAUAUUAUUACGGCCAGGCCAGGAGCGUGAAUCUAUUAUCUACAUACAUACUCCACCGUAAAAUCUGUCUUUCUGCCGUUUUAGUUUCCACCCCAUCCCCUGCCUUUAAAUACACCACUGUCUGCAUUCUCGUUCGUACAGAAAAACCUCUGCUUACUUCAAAUCUUCCCAGGUUCAAAGGUACGUCCCUGUGUCUGAAUUCCCUAGUCGUUUGGUAAUCCAAUUCUGCAUGCACCUUCGUUUUCCCUUCUUUUUGAUCCAUGGCCAUUUGCAAGUUGUGAAGCCUGAGGGUGGAAGUUGUUCGCUUUGUUUGUAAUCUCUUGUUUAAUUGUGAAGCGGUCUGGAAAAUGAAGGAUCGUCUCUUCCUUUCAUUUCAUCUCUGUAUGCUUGUGUUCUGUUGUAUAUCUGUAUAUCAUCAGCGCUUUUUAAGUACUUUUUCCCCUUGCUUUUGUCUGCUUUGUUAAUGGAAAAUUCAGAAUUGUUUGAUUGCACUAUGUUUGCUUUGCGUCCAAGUAACGGCUAUAUUGGGUUUUUCUGAUGCCAUGGAAUUUGUCUAUGAUCAGUUGGGUUUCGGAUUGUCGAAUGGUUUACUUCCCAGUGGUGGUGAUCUGUGAUUGAGAAUAAUUGAUUGUUCUGCAAUUCGGGAGAUUGUUUUGAUUCCCUGUAGCUUGAAUGACCAGAUUUAUGAGUUUGGUAGUGAUGUCUCUGAAAGCUUUACCUUUUUGGUGGAAACUCGAAACCUUACGUCGUCGAUUUUUGCUUGUUCCAUCUAAUAUAAUAGUAGCUUGUUGUGCUUGUAAAUUGUAAUUUAUCUGUUGCUUUGAAAAGUGUCCGAGUUCCCUUCAUUAGGGUUUGAAAUGUGUUAUUCUAUCUGUAGUAAUGGACUAAACGAUGUUUGAAGUAGCACGCUGGAUGAACCACUUCAUGAUUGUGGCCAUGUUUUGGGAGAAACUAGCUAGAUGGAACGAUUUCUUCUUACUUAGUUGUUUAGAUGCAUUUUCGAAAUGGGAUUGUCGACUAAUUAACAUUGUGUGCAACUCUUAGCCACGGUUAUCAGGGGAAGUAGAAGGGGGCACAAGAAUGCCUACUUCUGAGAAGGAUGCAUUGGGUUAUCUCGACGCUGUAAAGCAGACAUUUCGGGACGAACCCCAAACGCACGAGGACUUUCUCGAGGUUUUGAAGGAUUAUAGAGCUAUGAGAAUUGACACUAGCAGUGUCAUUGCAAGGGUGAAGCAGCUAUUUAGAGGGCAUCCUGACCUGAUUUUGGGGUUCAAUACCUUCCUGCCUGAGGGAUAUAAGAUCAGCCUCGCAGUUGGCGAUGCUAAAAAACCUCCUCCUCCACGGAAGAAACCAGUUGACUUUGAAGACGCCAUCACCUUCAUCAGCAAAAUUAAGAGGAGGUUUCAAGGCGAUGCUCGAGUUUACGAUUCGUUUAUGGAUGUCUUGAUGAGGUUUCGGAGUGGGCGUCUACCCAUAGCAGAGGUUUAUCUACGGGUGGCUGAACUUUUCAAAGACCACAGCGACCUACUUGAGGACUUUGUUCAAUUUUUGCCGGAGAGCUAGCUGAGCUAUUCGCCAGUUGUUGUCAUAUCACAGAAGCUCCAUGAAGAGAAAGAAAGUUUGUGCGGAUACUAUUAGAGGUUGAGAAGAGGGUAGUUUUUCUUCUGUUUUUGAGAGGAACUUUGGAAUGUUUUGGAUUGGCGUUUCGUUUCAUCAUCGUUGAAUAAAAUAUUGAAGUUGCA